CCUAUCAAGUUGUUGGGCGCCGGAAGAGGCCGAACCUAAGAUGGCGGUGCCCAAGGGUGCCGGGAAGAACGGCUCAUGUCGGGGAACGGAGCGGUGUGGGGGCGCGUGCGAAGUCGUCUCCGCGCCUUCCCCGAGUGCCUGGCGGCCUGUGGGGCCGAGGCCGCGGCCUACGGCAGGGGCGUACAGGCGUCCAUGGCCCCGGGCGGCCACCUGAGGAAGGAUCUGUGCGCGCAGGAGUUCCAGGCCCUGCGGAGUUGCUUCGCCGCCGCGGCCAAGAAGACCCUGAACAGAGGCCAUCAGGAGAGAUGCCCACCGCAGCUCACGUCCAUUUGCAGCUGGAGGGCACCGGGCCAGGCUCCUGGCGCUGAUGGCCCCAAGGUGCAAACAUCGUGAAACAUCUCAAGCCCUUAAGGCUGAAGGGGCUGGACAGUUGGGGCGGGCCCUGGGUACAGGGGGAGCAGCCCGUAGUGUCGUGUGCACGAGGCCUGGGCUGGAAAGGGCGCCAGCGAUGAAGAGCAUGCAGAUCUCGCACGGUCUGUUCUGUGCGCUGGGGUGCGCGCGGGCCGUGCCGCCUCCGGAUUCUCACUUCUUAAAGAAUUCUCGUGAAAAAA